UUGGCGCGAGCGCUGGCAGUUGGCGGCCGUUAUGAAAGUUCACUCGGGCAACGAGAUGUCGGGGUUCGGGCUGAGGCGGCCCUGGGCCCGGAGCGGGGGGGCGCUGGUGCUGUUGGAGCGGCUGCUGCAGUGCUCGGCAUGUUGUAAGUUGCUGCAGGAGCCUGUCUGCCUUGGAGGAUGUGAACAUGUCUUUUGUAGAAGUUGUGUUGCUGACUCCAUUGGGAAUGGCUGUCCAGUCUGCCAUGCUCCAGCCUGGGUGCAAGAUCUACAGCCAAACAGGCAGAUGAACAACAUGAUCCAGUUGUGCAGCCAGCUUCGAGUAUUGCUCGAUAAUAAAGGCUCUACAGAUAUUAAAGCAGUUCCCUCAAGUACAUCAAGCAGCAGUCCUCAAAAGAUGACUGAUAAAAAGAGGCAAAUGAGAAUGUGGUUCAGCCCACGCAGUAGAAAAAUGAGAUGUGUGCUGGAUAUGAACCUCUCUAUGCAAGACAAAAAGAGCUCAAGCUCCAUUCUGGCUGAGGAUUCAUCCUCUGUGUUUGAAUUUUUACCAUCACCACCUCAUCUCAUUGGCUCUCCGAAGAAGAAAGCUCCACCAAAAUCUAAGCAGACAAUAAGAAAAAGGUUGGUUGAUGCCAAUAAAGUGUGGGGCUUUGGAAAAAUAGAAGGCCAGAAAAUGGAGAAAGAUGAUAAGGGCUGUGCAGAUAAUGAAAAAAUAAUUCCAUUCUGUAGCCAACCAGAGAUUUUCAGCAGUCCACGAGAAACUGUCACCGGAGAGGCUACUGAAGAAUCAAUCCUUUCGUUUGCACCUCCGCUGCCUGCUUCUGAUGCCUCUUCUGCAACAACUUCUAAGCGGGAAGACGCAUCCUUUGAGCAGUUGCACCAAACUUUUGAGCCUAAAAGUAUUCUUACUCCUGUCACUGUUCCUAGGAAGCCUCAUGCUAAACGAUCAAGGAAACGAUCAGAUUCCAGUAGGGGUACUACCUCAAAAAAGAGCAGACAAGAAGACCGAGAAGCGUCCUGUCUUGUAAACCCUUCUCCAAAUCGCAGUAUGAAAAUGCGUGAAAAGUCCAGGCCAAUCUCAGAAGCAAAACUUCCAGCUACACCGGAACCCAAGCCCGGCCGGAAUGAGACUGUAAAUGGGGCACAAACGUUUUCUCUGACAAAUAUCUCCUGUCACACUCCAACUGCAAGAUGCAACAGUGAGAAAAAGCAAAGAGCAGUAGUAUCCGGGCCUCUGGUACAGAAAUCCCCUUGUACGCCCCAAAUGACACCCAAAACAAAGCUGUCUGGAAGAUGUACAACACCCCAAACCCCUCCUGUCACUCCCACAACAAAAAAAAACCAUAAAGGCGAGACUCUACUGCACUUGGCAUCCAUAAAGGGUGACGUGGGAGCAGUGGAGCAGCUAUUAGAGAAUGGAGCUGAUCCAAAUAUCAAAGACAAUGCAGGAUGGACACCACUGCAUGAAGCCUGUAACCAUGGUCAUGCAAAGGUGGCAGAGCUACUGCUGCAGUAUGGUGCUCUGCUGAAUACACCUGGAUACCAGAAUGAUUCACCCCUGCACGAUGCAGUCAGGAACAGACAUGUUGAUGUUGUCAAACUGCUGAUCUCACACAGGGCUGCCCAAGAAGUGGUCAAUAUCUUUGGUUUGCGGCCCGUCGAUUAUGCAGAUUCUGAAGAGAUGAUUACCGCUCUACAGCACUCGCCUGGAGAUGAAGCUUCAUUUCGUGCUGAUCAGUCCUUUGUGGUGAGUAUGAGCCAGAGAAGAGAUGGUCCCAUACUAUUGCUGGGAAGUGGACUCCAUUCAAACCUCAAGAAAAAGCUUGAGAAAUUAGCCAAACUUCUUAAGGCUGGGACUUGCACCAACUUCAGUAGCUCAGUGACUCAUGUAAUUGUUCCCAAUGACAACAAUCCCUCCACCAUGAAGUGUCUGAUGGGUAUCCUCUCAGGCUGCUGGAUACUGAAUAUUCAGUGGGUGACUGCUUGCCUGGAGAACGGGGUCAGAGUUGCUGAAGAAGACCAUGAGAUAAUUAGUGCAAAUGGCCCCAAAUGUGGACGUCUCAACCGGCAACAGCAGCUGCCAGGACUGUUUGACGGCUGCUACUUCUAUUUCAUGGGCAGCUUUAAAAUUCAUGUCAAAGAAGACCUUGUGGACUUGGUAAAAGUUGGUGGUGGCCAGGUCCUUGCCCGACAGCCCAAGCCAGAUAGUGAUGUGACUCAGAGCAUCAACACUGUAGCCUACCACGCUCAUCCUGGCUCAGAUCAGUCAUUCUGUACUCAGUACAUCAUUUACGACAAAGACAGCAACUUUAUACCAGAGAAAGUAAGACUGGGCAAAGUAUGGUCUACAUGUUCUACAUGGCUCAUUGACUGUGUGAAGUCAUUUGAGCUGCUUUCAGUUACUAAUCAAGGCACAAAAUAGUUGUCUGUAUAUGUAAUUGCUUCAAUGCAUAAAAUGAAGAGCAUAAACAAUGUGGUUCUUUUUGCUAUUUGAUAAAAUUAUGUGAAGUAUUGUAA